UCCAGUUCACUUUGGGCUGCCUGCUCUGCUUCCACUCCACCACAUCCCGCAUCCGCAGCGAGGAGGGCGAGAUGAGCCGCCGCCGCCGCCGCCACCCCCUCUCGCCGGCGGCGGCGCCCCUUGAUGAUGACGACCUGCUCUCCGAGAUCCUCCUCCGCCUCCCCCCGCAGCCGUCCUCCCUCCCCCGCGCCUCUCUCGUCUGCAGGCGCUGGCGCCUCCUCGUCUCCGACCCUCGCUUCGCCCGCCGCUUCCGCAUCCACCACCGCCGCAACCCUCCCCUCCUCGGUUUCUUUGAUGAAGGCUUUCGCGACAUCUCCUUCGUACCUACUCUGGAGCCCCACAAUCGUGUCCCGCCCGGGCGCUUCUCUUUGAAGUUCGACGGCGGCGGCCGCUUCGUGCCUCUCGGAUGCCGCCAUGGCCUGGUACUCGUUUACCACGCAUUUUGGAAACAGAUCCUGGUGUGGGAUCCUGUCACCACCGACCAGCACCGCAUUGCAGUCCCCCCAGGGUUUGCGAGCGAUAAGGGUUUCAUCUUGAUUACUGCGGCGGUGCUUCGGGCUUCGGGAGACGUCCACUUCCAGGUAGCCUUAGCAGUGGUAGACAGAGAACACAGGCGAGCUCUCGCCUGUGUUUACUCGUCAGAGACUGGAGAAUGGAGUGAUAUCAUCUGGACACCUCUUCCAUCCGAGGCUUCUGCGGGCAAUCUGUUCUUUACAGAGAGGCCCGCUGUGCUGGUUGGGCAUUCUCUUUACUGGCUGCUUGUUGGGAAUAUGAUUGGAUUUCUGGAGUUUGAUUUGAAGAGGCAGAGCCUAACUAUGAUACGGAUACCGGUGGAUUUGUUUACCAAGGGCACUUUUGAUAUCUGUGCGAUGCGGGCAGAGGAUGGUGGUCUUGGUUUCCUCUUUCUGCUGCACACAGACCACAGUAUCCAAUUAUGGAAGAGGCGGACUGAAUGUCAUGGUGCUGCUUCAUGGGUGCUAGGAAGAACUAUUGAACUGGACAAGCUAAUUCCCUUGAAUUUAGUGGACAAAUGGCCUUUUAUGAUACUGGGGUUUGCUGAGGACAAUAAUGUGGUGUUUCUGUGGACAAGUGGCGUCUUCUUUAUGAUCCAUCUUGGGUCAUUGCAGUUCAAGCAACUUUCUGAAGCCGAGGACAAUAAUGUGGUGUUUCUGUGGACAAGUGGCGUCUUCUUUAUGAUCCAUCUUGGGUCAUUGCAGUUCAAGCAACUUUCUGAAGCUGAGUUCAUUUUUUAUUGUCACCCAUUCGAAAGCGUCUACACUGCAGAAACAGACAUUGGUGGACACGAUGGGGCUGGUCUUUUGCAGAAUACAUAAGAUGAUUAUCAGGUAUCUAGGAUUGCAUUCCGGUUGGCUAAGUUGCAGAAAUGGGUUGUGUGCUGUAGGUUCUUCCAUUUUGUAUGAUGUGCUCUGCUCAGAAAUUGCCCCUCUGUACUGGGCAGUUGUGAAGUAUGUGACUUGUAGAAACGAAUCGCUUCAUUUGCUAACCUCCCUUCUACAGUAGUAAGUACUAGUAUCAUCUAAGUUAUGUAUUGAGGACCCAGUGUUCGCCCUGUCAGUUUACUCUUGUGGUUCGUUUGCCCGAUGCCUUCCAAGCAAGCAGCAUUGAGGCGAGCUCACCUGUCAGUCACGGGCGCACGCCUCUUUUCGGUAUCUUUUGCCUAUGUCCCAUGCUGCGUCAGAUUCAGUUUUCCUUUUUUGUUGUUUUGAGGUAGAGUGACAAACUCAUCAGAUAGAACUACAUUCAGAGAGCAUUACAGAACUGAGCCCGCUGGCGAUGAAUUCUUGAUGGCGGUUUAUGCUGGCGUGGGCAGCCAGCUCAUGUGACAUUUGAUUUUGAUUUCUGCCCACAGAACAAACCUGAUGGGAAGCGAAGCAAGCAAGCAACCUCUUUGAUGUCUCUGACGAAAGGAAAACAAACUCAUCUGCUUGUCGCUGGCUCAUUCAGUUCUCUGGCAAUAGAAGUGCUGUCCACCUCCAGGAUUACAGGACCCUUGUACACCUUCAGGAGGGUCGAUAAGCCAAUCAGAACCCCACUCACCUCUGCUUCAUCAGCGUUGUUGCAACUUGCAAGUGCCCGUUUGGUGACGGACCGAGAUGAAGACAAUGCCUUUCUGAUCACGAGCGACAGCUCCCGUCGAGCUCUGGCCAGUAUUGAUCUUCGCCGUCCUCUCUGCAGGAGCCACCCAAGUGCUCACCCCACCGGUCUCAGAGGCAUCUGUACAGGCUCUACCUCAACAGUCGCGGGGUCUUUUGCUCUCACAAACUCAGCGCCCCGGACAAUCCCCUUGUCUCAUCAGCAUACGGAUCAGGAAGGUCACGGUCUCACGGAUCCGAAAUUGGCUCCUUGUUUCCAUGGAUGCAGUUAUUUCCCGAGUGCCAAGCCCUCAAUAAAGUUAAUACGUAGAAUUUUACAUCUCAUCUCUUCGGUACAUGAGCUCAGAAAUAAAUUCCUCUUUUCACUGGAACAGGGGCUUUCCAAAAUAGCACCCCAAAGACUACGAUCAUCAGCAUCACGUGUUGAAGAAGUGGUCGUAACUCGUCCAGUAUGAUUCAACCAGCUUGUAUGCACUUUAAACUGAGAAUACACCAGUUUUCUCAAAAUGCCAAACACGGCAAUCCUCAGCUUCCACCUCGGGUGCUCUUAUGUUGCAUAUUUCUUCGGCAUCGAAGGGAUGAAUAAUCUGUUUAAUUAGCUCGGUAUUCCAUCUAUUAGUCCCUGAACAAUAAGCUGAUUAACACAUCGAAGUCUUGAUCUUCUUUGGAACGUGGGUGCACUCAGCCCCUCUCUUCUAUUCUAGGGAUCCAGUUAUCUCUUUGAAUCUGAAUAUUUCUACCGUUCCUCACAUACCAUAUUAGUCCUUUUCUAAGCAGUUCCAAACCAAACUCAAUCAAUGUCUCUCAACGACUGUGAUGCGCCCAACCAAGAUACCGCAAGAAGUUUUUUUUGGAAAGGAGGUUGAAACUCCGGACCUCUGCAUCAUUAUGAUGCACACAAAUUUAUUAAAAUUGAUGCCUGAGCGUAUGUCAGAUGGUUAGGUUCCUUGCGGUGGAAUCAACCCAACAGGGUUCAAGUCCUAUAUUUGGCAUAGAUGCUUGCAUUUUCUUAGAUUUUAUUUCAAAAUUUCCAGCGAUGUUCAUUAAGAGUGAGGAGACGUUUCCGUCGACUACCAGUCAAAAAAAUAAUGGAACUGUGUAACUAAAAUUGAGGAGAGAAUUCCAACUUGUUAUACAAAUGAGGUGAUACCUAUUUUUUCUUACUAUAGCCAGAUCUGAUCAACUUUUUCUAAUGUAGACCAAUCUAAUAACUUUGUGGUACAAACAAGACCAGACCUCAGCUCACAGGUAAUAGCCCCGGCCGGGGCUCAAAGUUCAUGGCUGGUGAGAACUGGAUCUUAACUAGAGAUUUUGAUUUUACUUUAGUUCUCUUCUUACUCUUAUCGGUGGCGCGAUGGAGGCUAUGUUUUGCGGGUUCGAUUGCACAUCUCCUUUGUUGAGUACUUGGGCAUGCAGCUGCCAAGCUGCCUUGCUCACGAUCGAAUUAAUCUUCACGUGUUUCUGCGAGUGAAACGCUGGUUGACCUUAAUUAGGUGCAAGUGAGGGACGUACUACAAGUGAUCGAUCGAGAGGCCGACGACAGUGCGAUCGCAUCGCCAGACUAGUAUAUACAGCGACUUCAAUUCCACCUGACAAGGCUAAUCACUGAAAGAUAGUGUCAGACUAAUCGCAUUUGGAUGCAAAAGAUACGCAUCAGCCCAGUAAUUAAGAGGCCCAACUCACCAAAAUCUUCCAUAAUCUUCAGUGGGUAAUAAUAAUCACGCACGCUCAACAUGCAUGCUAAUUUAAAACUAUAACCAAGCGCUAUAAAUAACCACGUUACUCACUUCCGACCAUCACUCACUUCAUCAAGCUUGCUUGCUUCUUCCACUGGAGUGGCAAUCUAGCAUCGCCUCGCCAUGGCUUCCACCAAGCUGAUCCUGUCCGCUGCCCUCGUCGUCCUCCUAAGCGUGGGGCUGUCCAGCGCCAUUAGGGUAGUGAACCACGCCGCCACCGCCGACGGCCAAGGCAGUGGAGGAGGAGGAGGCGGCGGGACCGGCAACAGCCAGGCCUCCGGCUAUGGGUCCGGCGAUGGCACCGCCGAGGCGUACGACCAGGACAACUACGCCUAUGGCUCCGGAGGCGGUGGCGGCCGUGGCCGUUGGCGAGGCCGCGACAAGUCCGCGGCUGGUUCCGGAGCUGGCGGCGCGUCCGGCUCGGGCCACGGAGACUCGAGUACCACGGACGCCGGCGGGUCUUCAACCAACGCGAAUGGCCAAGGAGGCGGUGGUGGCGCUGGGGGGAGCGAUGGCAAUGGCAGCGGCUCCGGCUACGGCGAUGGAAGCGGGUCAGGGGUAGGUGAGAACUAUGCACCGUAUGGUUCGAGCUACGCGAGCAGCGGAGGGGGCGGGGGUGGCGACGGUGGCGGCCGCAACGGUGGGUUUGCCGCUGGUUCUGGAGGUGGAUCAGGGAGCAGCAGCGGUGAAUCAACCCCGUAACUAGAGGCGAGCUCAUUUCACUUGGCUCCAAAUAAUACGGCUGGCCAGCUAGCUCUGGCCACUGCCUAAUGUUGUUCCAUUAUGUCUAGUGCAUGUGUCAAUGUGUGACACGUAUUGUAUGUUUCUUGGGACAAUGGUUAAGCUGUAAUAUUUGGAUUUUCUAGUACUAAAAGCCAGGCCAGUGGCCUAGUUUCUGAAGAGAAUAAUGUUAUUGCAUCAAUAAAGAAAACUCAUAGCAAA